GUCAACCUUCGCACCCAGAAGCGCCUCGCCGCCUCCGUGGUGGGCUGCGGCAAGCGCAAGAUUUGGCUCGACCCCAAUGAGAUGAAUGAGAUCUCCAACGCCAACUCCCGCCAGACCAUCCGCAAGCUCGUCAGCGAUGGCCUCAUCAUCCGCAAGCCCGUCACCAUGCACUCCCGCUCCCGUGCCCGUGAGCUCGCCGCCGCCCGCCGCAUCGGCCGUCACCGUGGUCUCGGUAAGCGCAAGGGUACCAAGGAGGCUCGUAUGCCCAGCCAGAUCCUCUGGAUGCGCCGCAUGCGUAUUCUCCGUCGCCUGCUCGUCCGCUACCGUGCCUCCGGCAAGAUCGACAAGCACCUGUACCACGAGCUCUACCACCUGAGCAAGGGUAACACCUUCAAGCACAAGCGUUCCCUCAUCGAGCACAUCCAGAAGGCCAAGGCUGAGCGUCACCGUGAGCGCGUCCUCAAGGAGGAGAUGGAUGCUAAGCGUGCCAAGAACAAGGCUCUCCGUGAGAGACGUCUGGAGCGCAAGGAGGCCAAGCAGAACGCCCUCGUUGCUGAGGCUCAGGAGUAA